GAUACAACCACCAUGUCAAGCAGAUCAGAAAGAGCAUGUAUGCUCUGUGGUAUAAUCCAACCAUUCAAGAAGUUCUAUUCAGCUGGAUGUCCAAAUUGUGAAAGUCUUUUGCAUUAUCAAGAUAACGAAGAUGGCCAAAUUCAAGACUGUACAUCUCCAUCAUUUGAAGGUACUGUUGCCUUGGGUGCCGAUAAUAAAGAAUCAUGGGUAGCGAGAUGGUUACGAAUAGAUUCGUUUGCUCCGGGUCUUUAUGCAGUUAAAGUCAAUGGGAAGUUGCCUCCUGAUAUCAUCAGAGAUUUGGAAGAACAAAAUGUUAUCUACAGACCAAGAGAUGGAAGUGCUGAAGAUUAGUUAAAAAGUCUAGUUGUAUUAUUAAUUUUGUAAUAUUAUACAUAUAGUCUAUAAAGAGUCAAUGGCUGUUGUAAGAUUUUGUAAAGUUUCUGAUUUAUCCCAUUGGUUUCGAUCUUUCCAAACAAUAUCCAUUAAUUUGGCCAUAACGUUUUCUAAUUUUUCAAUAUUAUAAUUGUCGGUUACUGUAACGAGUUUGUUGUUUAAUGAUUGCAACUUGUCCUCGUCAAUGGUAACUUGUCUGGAUUGGUCUAUAUCAAGCUCUUCGGCUUCUGAUUCUGAGUCAGAUUCCGAUUCUUCUUGCUCUUUCACUGGCUCUUGCACUUGCACUUGCUCUUGCACUUGCUCUUGCACUGGCUCUUGCACUGGCACUUGCACUUGCUCAAGCACUUGCUCUUGCUCUUGCUCUUCAACUUGCUCUUCAACUUGGUCUGUAACAAUAGGAACAACCUCAUUCGCUGUACUUACCUCUGGUGCUGGUGCUUCAGCAGAAGUUUCUGUUAAUAAGUUGUUCAAGCUGCUUACUGGUGCUGGAUCACUAUUGACAACCACGCCAUUCACAUGAGGCUCUUCUGGGAUGGCACCUUCUAUCGCUUCAUGAGUCAAUGUUUGGCUAAGCUCAGCUUGUUUCUGAAGUUCUUCUUGUAAUUUCCUAUGUUCUUCCAACAACUUCUCCUGCUUCUUCAAAUCUCUUUCUCUGACCUCACGACAAUUCUUCAAAAAUUCUGGAGUGGAGAAAUCGUCGAUUCCAAACUGGGCAUUGGUUAACAUUUCAUUAGCUUUCAAGAUACGUUCUCUAUCUCCUGAAGUUAUGGAAUCGCGGACUAUCAUCUUGAUAUCUUUAAGGAACUGCUUAGGUUCACUAUAGUACCCAUUCCAUAAUCUCUC